UAUAUUAAGACCGUAUCAUAAAGAGAAAAUCGCGCAGUCAAUCAUGUGGCUCUACGCAGCAGCUAUUGCUGGCUACAUCGGUAUAUUCGCCGGUAGUACCCCUUACGGAUGGAGUUCACCGGCGAUACCUCUGUACAAAGAGCCCGACUCACCGGUCAAAAUCACUGACGAUGAAGGGGCCUGGAUUGCCUCGAUGUUUAUGCUGGGCUGUGCAAUGGGUCCUGUGAUGACUCUAGUGAUUGCUCAUAUAGCUGGUAGGAAAACUCUAUUGAUAGCCGCUAGUGUACCAUGGUUCAUAGGCUGGACGAUGAUUGUCUUUGCUCGCACUCCAGCGGAACUAUUGAUUGCGAGACUCAUCUCGGGUACCGGCACAGGAACAUCCUUCGCAGUUUUGCCCAUGUACCUGGGUGAAAUAGCUCCGGCUAAAAUUCGAGGGAUCCUGCUAACCGCAAUAAUGAUGGCAUCGCGAGUCGGCAUACUAUUUUCCUACGUGGUAUGUCCCCUAGUGUCAUUACAAACAAGUGCACUCAUUUCUCUGGUACUGCCCGUUCCCUUCGUCUGCUGCUUCAUUUGGCUGCCAGAAUCGCCGUACCAUUUUAUGCGUCGUGGGCGUCGCGAAGAGGCCUCAAAAUCACUGACCAUUCUUCGUGGCACAAAGGAUAUUCACACAGAAUUACACACGAUAGAAACUUCAGUGAAGGCCGAAAUGGCCAAUAGUGGUGGUUUGGGGCAGAUAUUUCUGGUGCCUGGAAACCGCAGGUCGAUGACUGUCGGUGCUGUGCUAGGACUGAUUCAACAGUUGUCAGGUUCGCAAGCGAUUAUGAUGUACACUCAAUCCAUAUUUGACCAAGCCAAUGUUGGUCUGGAGGGCAAAUACCUAGCUAUAAUCUUGGGGGUUAUUCAGAUAAUUUGCACAGGAUUGUGCACUGUGAUUGUCGAUCGCAACGGACGACGUCCCUUGUUACUAUUCUCAUCCAUCGGAUCGCUGAUAUCAACAGGCGCAGUUGCUGUAUACUUCAAUCUCCAAUACUCAAAUGUCAGUACUACUUCAAUUGAAUGGUUGCCAGCCACUGGGUGCAUGUUUUACGUGGUAUUUUAUUCUCUCGGUCUUGCUCCACUCCCAACUACUGUAAUGGGCGAGCUAUUCCCAACGAACAUAAAAUCACUUGCCUGUGUGAUUGUCGUUUUCAUCGCCAACUUCACUGGCUUCGUAGUUGGUAAAACGUAUCAGCUUAUCAGCGAUUCUAUGGGUACCCACGUUGCUUUCUGGAUGUUUACUCUUUUCAAUGUACUCGGGACUAUUUACAUUUGGUACUGUGUACCUGAAACUAAAGGAAAAACUCUCCAGGAAAUUCAGGCGGAGUUGCAUCAUGAAAAAGGUGAAGUGGAUAAAAAAAUACCGGCGUAAAUUGGAUGAGUGAGAGAAGAAUGUCUUUUUUUUAUUGGAAUGCCAUUGUUAUUAUUGAGUGUUAGCGAUCGAUGCGUUGUGUAUGAUUUAGGUAUUAAGCCUCCAAGUGGUCUCAUGAACGAUUCAUUUUUCCGUCGAUAAAAGUUACGUAAUAAUAGUUACGUAAUUUACGGAACUAUUGUUUUCAUGCGGUAUUGCCGUCAAAGUUGAUGAGCGAACUAAAACUAGACUGUGAACGAAACCCAGUGUGUGCUGGUCCAUCGUCAUACAAUUAUAAUAUUUUGUAAAAUAGUGUAAAGUGAUGAAUGAAUUGAUAUUAAACUUCAUAUGGAAAUG